AUGGGAAGCGAAAGCCCACGCCGCGUGCUGACGAACUUCAGCGACUAUUCUGGUGCACCCAAGUGGGUUCUGGGGCCACAUCCUCAAUGGAGCCCUCGCAAACGCGACCGCUUCGUUGAGAAACAGGACUCAUCUCCAGGACCGGGGCGCUAUAGCCCUAGCCCCAAGGGCCAGGUGAAACCAUCCUGGGGCUUCGGAACUGGCGACCGGGAUUGGAACCACUUGCCUCAUGACUACUGGCCGAAACCUAUGGGCGCAUCACCGGAUUUGUAUAGCAAGCACGCGCCGGCCUACCCAAACUUUUGUAACAUGCUGGGGCGACAUCACCACAGUCUGACGUUGCGGCAAUGUGUUGAUAGAUUCAUGACUUGCCAGACUUCGGUGAAGCAGCGACCGCGGUCAUUCGGGCGCUGCCACAAAGCCUUUAAUUUUGAUGUCCCAGACACGCCGGGGCCUGGAGAUAUUGAUGUGGAUGUGCAACAUCCGGGUGCACCCUCUUGGCACGGCGUGCCGUGUUGUUUCACCACGAUGGACCGAAGGGAAGGCUAUCCUCUGGAUGGAGAAAUGAACGAGAUGUUCUUGGAGGACGCGGAGCAAAUGUUUGAAGGAGACGAGGCCCGGGCCUUGGACGCUGUUUGGAACCCCGUUCCGUCUCUCAUGGGACUUCCUCGGUAUCUGCGUCGCGCGCGGAUGUUUGGGCGAGGGGAAGAUGAGCCGCCGGUGAAUCUGCAGAUUUGCCUUCCGAGUGGCUCAAAUGUGAAGUUGUCAUUUACCACAGGAACCCUUAUGAUCGAUGUGAAAGAUGCAGCGCAAGAAGCUUUCAAAGUCGGUUUCAUUCGACUGGUGACCCCUGCCGGCCACUUCAUUCGAAGUCACUUGACUAUUGAAGAUGCUGGACUGCGAGAUGGAGAUACGCUGAAUGCCAUAGUUCAACCUGUGCAAUUGUCUUCCAACGGGUCCGUUUUCGCUUUGUGGAGCAACUGCGGCUUGGUGACCUGGGGCAUCCCAUAUUUUGGCGGCCUUUCCAGCGAAGUCCAAGACCGACUCCGCUCGGGCGAAGUGCGGCUGCAGCAGCUCCAGAAUAGUCAGCGGGCCUUUUGCGCUGUCUUCGAGGAUGGCACAGCCAUGGCAUGGGGUGAAUCAACCAGUGGCGGUGAUUCCAGCAAAGUGCAGCCAAUGCUGAAAGACGUACUUUGUGUGCAAGCGUCGCAGAAUGCUUUUGCAGCGAUCCUGGCCAAUGGCCGGGUGGAGACUUGGGGUGCGCCGGACUUUGGCGGGGACAGCCGGGCAGUGAAAGAGCAGUUGCAGCAUGUGAAACAGAUCCAGUCCUCCGACGACGCCUUUGCCGCCCUGCUGGAGGAUGGUCGCGUGGUGUCUUGGGGCGACCGGUACUUCAAUGAACGGAUCGCAGGGCUGGACAUCACCAACAUCGACAAGGUGCAGUCUUCCGCCGGCGCCUUCGCAGGGAUCGACGUCUCCGGCAGCGCCGUGGCCUGGGGCGACCCCGAGAAGGGCGGCGAUUGCACGGCGGUGAAAGAUCAACUCACAAACAUCGUGGCCAUCCAGGGGAAUGACGAGUCCUUCGCAGCCUUGCGCGCCGAUGGGACGGUGGUCACAUGGGGGGACCCUGAAGCUGGUGGUGAUAGCAGCUCUGUCCAAGACAAGCUGAAGAAUGUGAAGGCUAUUCAGGCUGCAAACUAUGCCUUUGCUGCCAUCUUGGAGGAUGGGAGUGUCGUUUCUUGGGGGCGUCCGCAAUAUGGCGGCGACCAACAAAAGGUGGCGGAUCGCUUGAAGAAUGUGACCCACAUCCAGGCAACGGAAGGUGCCUUUGCCGCCAUUACCGGUGAUGGAUCGGUGGUGUCCUUGGGUGAUCCCAAUUCCGGCGGUGACAGCCGAAUCUUUGAUGAUCUCUUUGUAGAUGUGAAGAAGAUCUCCGCCUCCGACGCUGCCUUCGCUGCUUUGCUGGGCGACGGCGGCGUCGUGACGUGGGGCGACCCCAACCAGGGCGGCGACAGCAGUACAGUUCAAGAGCAGCUCUGGGAUGUGCAAGAUAUCCAGUCGACUGAGCGAGCCUUUGCUGCGGUUCUGGCAUCUGGCACAGUGGUCCCAUGGGGUAUGUUGACCCAUGGCGGAGCAAGUCGGGAGAUCCAUCAGCAGUUGCUGCAUUUCAUGUGAAAAAAGGGCGGUCCGAGC